CCACACAACUCAGAUAACCAACAACUCCCAUCUCCCUAAACACAACUCAAUUCACCCCCAAACUCUCUCUCUCUCUCUCUCUGCACCAUGGCAGCAACUGCUGGUGCGUGCUUCCCAUCUGUUGCGCGCUAUGGCAGAAACCAUCUCUCUCCUCUCCCAAGCUCUACUGACCCACUUAGAUUAUCUCUACUGAGACUUCCUUCAGUGACCACCCCUUUUACUUCCUUGGACUCUCUCUCUCUAGAAUUUCUCUCUCUUCGAUGCCCUUGUGGAAGGAGAGCCUCCCCCUCGAUCUCUUACGCAGUGGCAGAGGAGGAAGCAGCAGCCACUUCUCUUCCACAAAUUGUCACUGAAGAAGAAGAAGAAAAAGAAAAGGGAGAGCAGAUAGAAGAAGAGAGUGGAGGAGGAGGCGAAAUUUCUUCAGAUGAGAGCACUAAGUUGUACUUUGGGAAUUUGCCUUAUGGGUGUGAUAGUGCUCAGCUGGCUGGAAUUGUUCAGGAAUAUGGAAGCCCUGAAUUGGUAGAGGUACUGUAUGACCGGAAUACAGGAAAGAGCCGAGGGUUUGCAUUUGUGACCAUGAGCAGCGUAGAGGAUGCCAAUGCGGUCAUACAAAAUUUGGACGGAAGUGAAUAUGGUGGUCGCAUAUUAAAAGUGAAUUUUAGGGACAAACCCAAGGCUAAGGAGCCCCUGUAUCCGGAGACAGAGUACAAGCUCUUUGUGGGGAACUUGUCAUGGUCAGUGACCUCGGAAAGCCUCUCUCAAAUCUUUGGGGAAUAUGGAAAUGUGGUGGGGGCUAGAGUUUUGUAUGAUGGCGAGACUGGUAAAUCUCGAGGUUAUGGCUUUGUUUGUUACUCCACCAAAUCCGAGAUGGAAACCGCGCUCCAAUCCCUUGACGGAAUGGAUCUUGAAGGGCGACCCAUACGGGUGAGUUUGGCUUUGGGAAAGAGACAAUAAUUUUGAAGACAACAAAGAGUUGUUGUAGACAUAGGGAAUCAUGGUUGGGGAUGCGAAUGCCUCAACAUAAAGUCUCACCCUUCAUUCCUACCGUUAAUAUAUCAAGAAAAAAAGAAAAAGGGAGUUGGUAUAGCCAUAGAUACAGAUUGGGGAUUCCUUUGUAUUGUGCCCAAAAAGCCUCUAUUUGUGCAAAUGUGAAAGGAUUUCUUAUGUAAAGGAAUCAAAUGUGAGUUAUCUAACCAAAGAAAAGUUUAGUUAUUACAAUUAAGAUAUAAAUAAUAUCAACAUAAUGUUAAUCCAAAUGCAACUAA